AUGUUGCUUGCAGUUCAAGAGGAGCAUUUCUUGUCGUCGUUGUGUGGUGGUACGAAUUGCUUGAAUGCAGCGCCAAUGUCUGAUCGGUCAGAAAUUGAUCGUUUUGGCAUUUCUCAAUGGACAGAUCAAAUCCAUUUGGAUGGACUCUCUGAGUGUGCCAUCGCUUUGCGGAACCAGUUAGCAUCUCUUCCAUCAAAUAAUGCAAUGGAGUUUUUGGAAAACGUCCGCAGGGUUGCUCGUGAAAUUGAUGUUGAAGCUAAUGCCGUAUCGGAAGAACUGGCUAUUAUUGAAGAAUCGUAUCCACAAAUCCUGGCCAAUCUUCGAAGCUUCAAACGAGAUCUGUUGAUGUUGAAGGAAGAAACAUGCACGCUCCGUAACCAAUACGAGGACUUCGUUAGGACAUUUAUGGAUUUAAUGCGAAAGAACAGUCCUGCGCUUAUCCCACAACUGCAGGCACUUUCGCGGAAGCAGAUUUUAUUACAGAGGUUAAAAUGGGCAAAUCAGGGCAAGGAGCUUUUGUCUCUGUGCCGAGCCGAAAUGAAGAGCAAUCAUUGUGAAUGGCCUCGUCUUUGUGAACUUUUCCAAAGUGCCUGUAAACACACAGAAGGGCGCGUCGAGCUCACAGACAAUUCAUAUUCUACUUUUGUUGAUGGUUUGAAGUCCUUGGCACCGGAGUUAAACGAAUUCGCUCGCAAGGGUCUGAACCAAGUACUCCUCGCCAUAAAGUACCCAUUCGAAGACUCCAUAGAUACUCAGGCUUACGCGAGCGAAAUUACAACUAUAGCUAGCAUGCUUAGCCUAAUAUAUCUGAUCACGGAGUAUCUGCAGAAAGGAACAGGGUGCGAGGAGGUCUACCGAGUGUUUCUCGAUCCCAUCGGUGUUAGGUUCGCUUUCCAUUUUUACGGAGACCGGAAGACGAAUGACAUCUGGAAACCUCAAUGGUACUUAAGUCAAACUUUGAACUGGAUCCAGGUUAACCUCAAUUUUUUCGUAACAGCUGUUGGAAUCGUUGCUAAGCAGUUGGGUAUUUCCAUGUCCCCUGCCUCCACAUUCUAUAAAUAUCUCUCCGAAUUGCCUAUUGUGAAAACUAAAACACUUUUGAAACAAGAGAUAGUGCUAAAUGACGUAUUGCUGUUCUCCCAUCUUCUCGAUGAGUGCAUAUCGUACGAGACGCAACUUCGAGAAAUGGAUCCCGAUGGAUAUUCGUCUUCCAUACUUACACUCUUCUGCAAUCAGGAAGUAUUGAACAGGUGGAUAGAGAUCGAAAACGAAUGUUGCUUGGAUCGCAUGGAUGAAAUGCUGUCAGCGCCGGACCGUUGGCGAAAUCGGUUUCGGUCCUUGGAGGAGGCAGAUCAGUAUCUGGUGUGCAACUGCGCCGAUGCAUUUGUCUCAAUGCUUCAGUCUCAGCAAAACCGUGCAAAACUCCUUCCGGACGAUGUGGCGCAGCGGAAAUUCCUUAAUUUGCAACUUCUCCUCACUGACGACUUCCGUAAGCGACUCGUGCAAAUCGCGAAUCAAGCAGAAUCGCCUUGGAGCGAGCCGUUUCCCAACGUGAUGAACGCCAUGUGGUAUCUCAGGCAGGUAGUAGAGGACUGGAGUGAUUCUUGUCUGCUGAGUGGUGUCACUUCAACUGGUGGGCGCGCAGUGUUCGAGGAAUCAUCGGCAAUGUUCAAGCAUGUGUGGAAUCAGAUGGCUGAUGACGUCGUUACUUCACUGAGGUUGCAAACUAUCGAUGUGAUGAAACCCUAUCAGCAACAUUUCUGGUGCGUAAUGGAACCGCGACUUGGAUCUUCAUCUCGUGAUCUUACCUCGCUAUUUUGUCCGGUUCUGAUGAAGAUUCGUACUACUUUCGCUAACGCGGCGUACGAGAAAGAUCAGAUCACAAACACGCAACAGUCGGCACCCCUUGCAUCUGUAAUCACUGAAGAAAUUGUUGACACAUCACACCAUUCAGUUCUGAAGGGGCUGCACAGAUGUUGUUCGAUAUUGAACACGGUCUCAUUCCCGGCGCCAGUCACAUUUCAACUCGAUGUGAUACUCGCCGGCACAAUAAUCGUAUAUAAAAAAGUCUGGUUUAAUACACUCCUUGGCUCGCUGAAGUUCUUAUCAUUGUCUUGGGCUGUGAUAACAUUGCUGAGGGAAGAAAUCGGCCAGGUU